UCUUCGCGUCGGCUGAUCAAGUUGACUGCCAUUUGCUUUCACUCUUAAAACAACAUACACACCCAUGUCAACAAACACCGUCAAGUUCAUGGUCCUUCCUUCCUUCCUACGUAAAGGAAGCUAAUAAGGAAAUGUACCAUACAGUAACCUUUGUCACGAAGACCACAACCCCACAACCAGAUGAUGACGAGAACGUUUGUUUUGAUAUGACAGGCUACCUGUGAUCUUUGUGUUUUGUCAUUGUUUUUUUGGCGUUUCAUCUGGCACAGUCCACGCACUUAGAACAACAGAUUGUGGAUGUCACAAUGAGCUCCAGUUACCUUACGUAUCGUCUUUUUCAUCAAAAAACGGAACUGUUUUAAACUGUGAAACCAUUAUUUAAGCAACGUGUAUUAUUACCCGAGGCCAAAUCAUAUCCUGUGGUAAAACGUAAGGUCCGGUUCAGUUUUAACCGCAGCAGCGCAUGACAAAUUCUACACGUUCAAUUUUAAGGAAAGUCGAACCGUGAAAACUCGACAUUUUGUCUGUACGUCUUUUUUGUGACUGCUGAACGAUCAUGACUUCCAGAGUUGGUGGUAUCUUUGCUGGAAUUUUACUCCUUCUUGCCUCAACGUGUUAUUGCGACAAUGCAGUAGUGAAUGGUAACUGGAGUGAAUGGGGGGCGUGGCCCAACUGCUCAGCGUCAUGUGGUACUGGAAAUAUUACACGAUAUCGGACGUGUACAAACCCCUCCCCAGAGAUUGGAGGAUCCCAAUGUAAUGGAACAGUCCAAGAGUCAAAACUUUGCGAUACCAACGUCACAUGUCCAUCAGUGAAUGGUAACUGGAGUGAAUGGGGGGCGUGGCCCAACUGCUCAGCGUCUUGUGCUACUGGAAAUAUUACACGAUAUCGGACGUGUACAAACCCCUCCCCCGAGAAUGGAGGAUCCCAAUGUAAUGGAACAUCCCAAGAGUCAAACUUAUGUGAAAACGUCACAUGUCCAGUGGUGGAUGGUAAUUGGAGUGAAUGGGGGGCUUGGCACAACUGCUCAGCGUCAUGUGGUACUGGAAAUAUAACACGAUAUCGGACGUGUACAAACCCCUCCCCAGAGAAUGGAGGAUCCCAAUGUAAUGGAACAGCCCAAGAGUCAAAACCUUGUGAUACCAACGUCACGUGUCCAGUAAAUGGGGGAUGGAGCGACUGGGACAACUGGAGCCCUUGUACGGUAUCAUGCGGCGCAGGAGGUGAACAAGUGCGAAGCCGUGCUUGCAAUAAUCCCCCACCGAGCAAUGGCGGUCUACCCUGUUGGGGCGAUUCGAGUGAAACAAGUGAUUGUGACCAGGCCACGCAGGCACCUUGUUGCCCCUGGGGUGAGUGGAGUGCUUGUUCCGGAGGAUUCCGACUGAGGAUAAGAGACAGGGCGGGUGAUUGUGCGUCCGUACAGGGAAACCCACUUGAGAGUGAAAUAUGUUCCAGACGGUGAUCAUCUAGCAAUCCGAAAGUUCCGAUCUGUUAGGCUGGUUUGGUCGUGUUGUCCCCACUAGACAAAAUAUUUAUUAGCAGCACGAGCAAACGAAUUGAAGUAUUAAAAUUUUUAACAUUAUAAUAUAUCUGUUAAAAAACGAGAGCUUUUCUCUAUUUUUCUAAAAUUAAGUGAUUCAAUACACACAAACCACAGAUGAUUUUUUGUAAGCCAUCUAUAGUCCUUUAUUACUUUUAUGGUCCAGUAACCCUUCCUUUCAUUCUAAACAUCCUUUGUCCUCGCCACUUCACUCCUAUUGGUUCAU